GUAAUAGCUGGAGUUAAGUAAAUAAUUAUUUCUAUUAAGAAAAGUGAAUACGAAAGAACACUGAUAUCAUGAAAGUGCGUAAAGAUCCACCUGUAUCAUCGUAAUUAAAUGUUAGACUUGUGGAAACGUUGCAUAUUUAUUUUUGUACUAAAAAAUGUUUAAGAAACUCAAAGAUAAGUUAGCGGAAGAAGUGAAGUCGUCACCACAGCGAAUUCAACAAUUCGCUCAAGCUGCGCAGGCAGCAGUAACGUCAGCAUCUAGUAGCAUUUCUGACAUAACUAACAACGAUUUGUUUUCCAUUGGAGAUAAUGAUAUUUCUCAGAGUCGCUCCGUUAGACCUUCUACUGUGUUAACUAGACCUACAGAGGAAAAUGCGUUUCAAGAUGUCGCCCUGAUGCAAUCAGCUUCCAUGCAAGCAAGCACAGAAGAAAUUGAUUUCACGCCCAGACAUGAACAAAGCGAAAGUGAAAAUCAGAGGCGAUUGUCAAACAGCUCUUUUGCCAGCGACGUCUCAUUCAGGUUACCAAACUAUGAGAGCCCCGCUCUGUAUCACUUGCAGUCGGACAUGGAAGUAUCGGCGAGUGAAGCGGAGGAGCGGGGGUUCUCUAGCGGAGCCGCCAGCCUGGACCGCGUAACCAAGGAGCAGCUCUAUGCCGCGUACAAGCGCACGCAGCAGCGCUAUGAGAAGUACAGGACGCAAUACGCCGACCUCGCCCGACAUUAUAAAUUCUUGGAACGGGACAAUGCCAAGGCUAGGAGUGUGCUGGUUGAAACUCAAGACAAAGCAUUGAGGCGUAUAUCUGAAUUGAGAGAACAAUGUACUCUUGAACAGAGUGCCAAGGCGCAUUUGGAAAAGGCCUUACGCUUAGAAAUUGAUGAAAAAAAUAUGAAAAUAGAGGCACUGCAAACAAAGAUAUCUUAUAUGCAGGAUAACACUGAUAAUAAGGAUCCUAAUAACGAAGAAGAAGUCAUUAAAGAACAGGCUAAAGAAUUGCAAUUGAUAGAUUUUUCGGGAAAAAAUGACAGAAAAACAUCAGGAGAUGAUGGUGUAGAUAAUGCGUUAACCAACAAGACUGAAAAAUUAGAACAGUUAUUGAACAAAUAUAAAGAAUCAUUAAAGCUAUCCAAAGAAAAAAAUGCACAAUUAACAACCGACUUGCAUCUUCUGACCACUGAAAUAGAAAACAAAAAUAAAGAAAAUGAACAGUUAAAAUAUAGUUCAGAAGAGUUGGCAGAGACUCGAAAGAAAAUUUUGGAAUUACAAGAAAUCAAUGAAGAAAUACAAAAUAAGUUAAAUACUUAUGAGUUUAAUCAGAUGAAAGCACAAUCUACGCUCGAAUUAGACUUGCAGAAAGCUCUAGAAGAAAUAAAACAACUACAAGGUAAAAUUGAGGUAUUUAAUAAGAGAGAAGAGGAAUAUGCGAUAUCUUUGGCCGAAAAUAAACUAAGUAUACACAAAGAACUAGAAAGUAAAGAGGCCGAGAUUAAAUCGCUUAAAGAUCAUUUGACAGCAUGUAAAAAUGAGGUACAGUCCCUUAAUAUAGUAGUCAAUGACUACAAGAAAAGUAUGUCAUCACUAGAGGAUGAAAAGUGCAAACUAAAUAGUAAUAUUAGUGAACUGAAUUCUAUCAAAGCCCUACUGAUGGAGAAAGAAUCGAAGAUUAAUGAACUAACACUGAAAUGUAAAACUAUAGAACAGGCCAAAAUCAAAGCAGAUGAAGAAUGUAAAUGCCUACAACUCCAAAUAAAACAAGAAACAGCUGAGAAAUUAGCAAUGAUUGACAGAAAUGCUUACUUGGAGACAAAAAAUACAAAACUAACCGAAGAAAACUCUAAAAAAAAAUCGCAAAUAAAUGAGUUAGAAACUCAGCUGCAUGUAUUAAGAAAAGAUAACGAAGAACGAGAAAACCGGACCGACCAAAAUAAAGUUCUUGAAGAGCUUGAAUCCUGGCGGAACAAGUAUUAUACUUUAGAAUUGGAAAUUCAGGAUGAAAGAGAUGAAUUGGUGAAAUUACAGUCAGAAAUAGAAAAACUGCUGCAAAAUCACAAAGUUUCUCAAUCUCGUAACUUGCAACUUCUUGAGUCAGUUUCAGAACUCACUGCAAAGAACGCCUUCCUAAAAGAAAAUAGCAACCAAAUCAACAAGAACUGUUUGGAAUUGGUUGGCGAAAUAUCAAUACUUAAAAAUAUAGUUCACGAAACAAGUAAGGACGCAAAGAUGAUGAGACAAAGCAACGAAAAGUUAUUAUCACAUUUAGGGAACAAAGUGUCUGAAUUGAUCAAACAGUCUAAUGAUGGUCAAAUAGGAAGUUUCAAUGCAACUAUUGGGAAACUUCAACAGGAGUUAUCUAUUGCUCAAAACAAUCUCAUCGAGUUAAAACACCAGUUUGAUAUAGUUUCAAAAGAGUUAAUAGAGUGCCAAGAAGUCAAUAAUAAUUUGAAUGAACAAAUACAGUCGCUACUUUCAGACAAGACUACUAUGGAUAUAAACAUUAAAAAAGCUGAAGAUAAUUAUCAUGAUACCCAAUCCCAGUUAAAUCGGUUGGAAAAUGAUAAAUCUGUUUUAUUAACAGCAGUCACUGAGCUAGAAGGUUUAAGUGCGUCUCUUCAAAGUACUAUCAGUCGUGAAAGAGAAGAACACUUACGAUUACAAGAAAAGUUACUUCUACUGGAAAAGGAGAACAACAAACUGUCCCUUAAACUAAAACAAGCUGAGGUUGAUAAUGACGUUUUGAAAACUAAAGAUUCACAAGUAGAGGCUUUACAAUCACAAAAUGAGAAAUUUUUAGUUAAGAGCGAUGAAAACUGCGCUUAUAUUAGGAAAUUAGAAGAUGACGUCAAGCUCUUGUCCCAAGAAAAUAUCUUGUUAAAGAAUCAGUCACAGAAUAUUGCUUCUAAUCUUAAGGCACUGGAGGUGGAGAUAAGUGAAGUGAGAAAGUCGCAUUCAGAAAUUGAAAGUGAAAAAGACCAUCUGAAUACCAUAAUAAGGAAAUUGGAAGAAACUGAAAAUGCUAAACAAUGUCAGUCAAAUGUAGAUGUUCAGACGGACGACAGCAGUUUUUCCGUAGACUUGCUUUUGGAGGAGAACAAAGUACUAAAAGAUAAAUGUGAACAGUUUAAGCAAGAAAAAGAAAGCCUUUACGAAAAGCUUAUUAGUGUUGAACAUGAUAAAGAUACCUUAGUCGCUGAUAUUGCAACACAAAAAUCCUAUACUUUGGAAUUAGAAGAAGAAAAAAAGAAAGUUACUGAAGUCAAUUCUAAACUAUUGUCACAGGUAUCGACCCUUGAAGACACGUGCAGAGGUAAACUUGAUAAAGCGAAAAACGAGCCUGAAUUAGAAGAUAUUACAAGAGAAUGUGUUACACUUAAAGAUGAAAAUCGACGUUUAACAUCUGAUAUCGAAGGGCUUCAAAUACACCUUGCAAAAAUAUCUAAAGAAAAUAAUACGUUGAACGAUAAACUACGAGAGUUAAUUGCGUCAAGUGAACAUUUAGAUAAAGGCGAGAACAUUUCGGUGUUCGUCGAAUCACUAAAUGGUAACCAAUUCGACACAGACAGAAUUAAUGAAUUGGUCAGAGAAAACAUGUUGCUUGUUGAAGAAAACUUAGAAUUGAAAGAUCAGUUGCGCUCACAAAACUAUGGUGAAAUGUCUAACAAUAAUUCAACAAAUACUGUAGAAAAUAAAUCAGAACUGGAAGUCUUAAAAGAAAAAUAUAACACCUUGCUCGCUGCAAAGAACAAAUAUGAGAAACAAUUAUCAGACUUAGAGCUCAUUAAUAAGUCGAUGAAUGGAAAUAUACAGAAUGUACAGGAAAAUAACGAGAAACUCAGACUUUCUAACGAGAAGUUGGAGAGACGAUUGGAUGAAGCUCUAGUUAGCUUAAGGCAUUUGCAUUCUUUACAAGAAAAUACCGAAUUAGAAUAUUUGCGCAAUGUUCUUUACGAAUAUUUAACUGGUUCAGGCACACAUUCCAUUACACUAGCAAAGGUGUUAGCAGCUGUAGUUAAAUUUGAUGAAAUGCAAACCAACAUAGUUCUGCAGAAAGAGAAGGAACGCCAAGGCUUGCUGCGGCAGCUUGGCUUACUUUGAUAUCUGUGAAGGUUUGAGGAUUAAUAAAAAAACAUUUCAAUGUGCUUUGAAGAUUAGUGCAAUGUUAUAGUUAUUAAACUUUAUUUUAUUUAAAAAAACUUGUAAAUAGUUACAGUGUCCCCAACGUCAUAGAUUUGUUUCUAUUAGAUACGAAUGUUACAGAUUUAUGAACUAUUAUUGUAUGAAUAUCAAUAGGGAAUAUUACGCGAAACUCUGCGCAGGGGGCGCCACUACCACAAUCCGAGGGUCUAUCACAAAACAAGAAAAUCGAAAUUUCGUUAUUUAACAUCUCUGUCACUCUUGCAUAUUCGAGCGAUAAAGAGCCAGAUAGCGAAAUUUCGGAUUCGCGUUUCCCGGUCGGUUCUCUGCAAACAAACCGCCUUGGUGUAUAAAUGUCAUAUUUUUUAUUAUCUCUAAAAACUUGUCAAAAAACUUUUAAAGGUACAGUAUGUAUAAGUUACUCUAUGGUUUACUAAACGGGCUUUUGCUGCACUCUGGUGGCAGAACAUUGCAGUAAUACCCCCUAUUGGAUAGACGCAGAUUCUGUUCGUGAACGGAUAUGUCAAUACCGUCUUAUUUAAUGAACCUUCUCCUAUUUGCACCUUGUCACAUUCUUAGAUUUGUAAAUUGUAUAACUAUUUUCUAGCACUAUCACUACUAUCAGCAACUUAAAUAGUUACAUUUUGUCACCAUUAGGGUCAAUGCGCUAGUUUUAGUCCAGCUCUAGUUUUCGUCCACUAAGUCCACCUGACGAAAUUUGAAUAUAAACCAACAUUGCCGCACAAAUUUGGACUUAUUGCAAUCCUUAACCCUUAAAUGCAUAUUGUUGCCAAAUGUAUACAAAGCAUUGGAUAGCUCACAGAUUCCUAGAUCCUACAUCCAAAUAACUAAAUAAAAACAUUUUUUCCAACCAAAAAUAAAAAAAUCAUGCAUUUAAGGGUUAAUGUCUAAAUAAUAUCUCUAUCUACCUAAAAUAGUUAUUUGUGCAACAAGAGAGGAAAGUUGGUUUUUCUUGCGAGUGUUUAUUUUGAGUCCCGAGAAAGCGUAGCGACGGACUCAAAAACACGAGAUGUAAAAUAACUUUGCUCUCGUGUUGCACACAUAAUUUUUCACCUCAGUAGUGAGAACAUAAUAAAGGUUAAAAUGUAUUUCGAAUUACACAGAAUAAACAGAAAAAAAAAGUAUUAUAAUAUGUACGAUACGAUACGACACCGGACCGGACCGUACCGUACCAUAAAAAAAAAUGUAAUAAAAGUAUGAAGUUCAUGGCCUUCACUAAAUUAAAAAGCUACAUUGUUUCACUCCCUGGAGUGAGGAAAGUCGCACUUUCCUCACUCCAGGGAGUGACGAAAGUAGGCUUGUUUGAGCUGCUGAGGUGAAAAAAUUAUUUCGCAAGAAGCACAUUAAAAAUGAAACAUAUUAUUUGCUAAUCCGUCAAGUGGACGGAAACUAGCGCAAUGAAGUCAUCUAAUUUACUCUGUUUGAAUUUAGUUAUAGAUCGGUAACAUCAAAUUUACAGUUACGCUUUUACGUUUUGCUACUUUUAUUCACCGAGAGUAAUUCGUGAUACGGUAUCUUCAUAUAAUCCACCAGUUAGUAAAGUCAACGUUAGGUCGGGUCACAUAAUUACUAAUAGUACUACCGUACAGAAAAUUCACUCCUUCACAAAAGUCAGAUUUAGGUAUAAAAUUAUAACUAUACUCGCCGCCUGCAAGCAAAAUUGAAACUUAUAACCGCGCACGAACCGUGAAUCUUCCGUCCGCGCCGCAGUUUUAUGACCGAGCUGUGAGUGUCGGCACGGGGUUGUCAAUUGACAAGUUUUGGUACCUAUACCUACUGAUUUAUUAUUUUUAAGAUAAAUAUGUAGGAAUUACAAACGUUGAUUCUGUAAACAUAUUUUUUUUAUCCGGAGAUAGUACACGUAUGUCUGAUUCUCACGGAAGUAGGUAUGCCACAGAAGUACUUAUUCCUUUGAAAAUGUGUCGGUCAAUAUAGUCCGGAUUAAAAAAAAAAUGUUAUUUCUGGUUCCUUGUUCUUCCGUUUAUUCAGACAUUCUAAAAAUAUAUCACAUCAUUACAUUUCGGCCUUUUUUUUCAAAUUAAAACAAAAAGAAUUUUCGAAACAUACCAAGUUUGUGCUCCUCCAGAUACGAUAUGGCUGAUUUUUUUUGUACAAUAUACCACAAAUGAUACGUGAUAUCCAACCCCAAUAAACCAAUUUUGAAAAUAAUAUCAUUACCAAUUUUUUAUUAAUUUUUCAAUUUUACAAAGUGACACAGUUCUACUUCAAUACCUAUUUAACGAGACUUACGGAACUGUACUGCAGAUACUGUACAUAUUAAUCAUAAAAUGAUAAGUAAUAUCCAUAUAUCCAACGGGAAAUACCUCUUUAACCCUUUAAGUGCGCUUUGUCAUCAGUUGGUAUAUAGGUAGUUUGUUUAGUUUUUGACACAAAAUAUCAAGGUUGUAUCCUUCAGAUACGAUAUACCUUAUCGAUUUUUCUUUGUACAAUAUACCACAAAUGAUUCGUGAUAUCUUAUUAUCUAACCUCAAGAAAGCAAUAUUGAAAACAAUUUCAUUUAGAUUUUUUUUUAAAUUUUUCAAUAUUGUAAUAUUUAAAAAAAAUCUUAAUGAAAUUAUUUUCAAAAUUGCUGUUUUUUUUAGGCCCGGGAAAUUUUUUUAGGAACUGCAGGUCAAAAAUUUUGUUUUGACCUCUUAGUAUGCGUGUGCCAAACGGCUAACCUGUCCAUCGAUUUGCGGUUUUUCUUUGUAAUUGGGGUCGAGCGGCUCCCGCUAUUAUGCAUAAUUAGAUAAAAUCGAUUUGUUCCUGUCUAAAUAUUUUUAUAGUAAAUUAAUACAUUUUCCGAUUUCUUAUUCAAAUUUGCGUAGUAUUAUAGUUUAGAAAAAUUACAUUUGUAAUAUACAAAAUGGCGGAAAAUUUAGAAAAAGUUGAUGAUUUUUAGUAUGUGAAUUAGGCGGUUUUUUUCGGGGAUUGCAAUUAUUUUAUAUUUAAAAACUUUAUUAUAAUUAUAUCACAAAUAGUGUAAAUGUCUGAUGGUAGUAAGAUUUUUCUUAAUAUAUCUUUUGCCAAUAAUUGUAUAUUUAAUAAAUUAUGAUUUAUCCUAUGUAACUUUUGACACUGAUUUAGCAGUGAAAAUCGAUGUUUUAAUUUUAUUAAUUAUUUUUCCCAGAAUCAGUAAUCAAUAAACACACAUAUAUUAAUUUCGGGCAAAAAUAAAACAUGCAUUUAAGGGUUAAUAUCUUUCGAUUAGGUUAAGUAAAUAAAGGACGCUUACCACAAAGAAAUUGGUAUAUUAACCCGCCUGUUGCUGUCUCUAUCGCACGCGCGUAAUUAUUUUACUGUCCCGCUCGCACAGUGUCAUUGACCGCCGCGCCGGCAUCAUGGGCGGGACAGCUAUAUAAUUACGCGCGUGCGAUAGAGAUAGGAACAGGCGGGUCGAUGUAGGAGAUUCCUCGUGCUCGUCAUACAGUAAUGAUCGCUUUAUAAAUUACAGACUUACUUUUUAGGGUUUCGUAGUCAACUAGAAACCCCUAUAUUUUCGCCAAGUCUGUCUGUCUGUCCGAGGCUUUGCUCCGUGAUCGUUAGCGCU